UUGCAGUGGCUCUAAUUUUUUAUGAUCAUGCUUGCAAUUAUUAAAGAGGAAUAUUCAUAAUGCUCUGUUGAACAAAUAAUUGAGGCACUUUCCUUGGUCCCUAUCGCGUCUAAUUUCGACACUAUAUACUCUGUAGAAGAGAGGCGAGAGCAGUCAGGGCACACUCAUCCAACAAUUUCAUAUUCAUCUCUGUUCUUUUUCUUUAUCAAUUUUCACCAAGUUCUAAACACGGCAAAUGGCUGAGGCACUCAUCUCCGCGCUUGUGGAGAAAUUGGCUUCAGCAGUAUAUGAAUACACAAAUGAAGAGGUGAAACUUGUUUUGAAUGCUGACAAAGAUGUUAAAAGUUUCAGCAGCAAGCUCAAAGCUAUCCAGGCUGUGCUUGAGGAUGCAGAGAAGAAACAUGUGACGGAGGCCAGCGUGGGAGACUGGUUGCAGAAGCUGAAAGAUGUGUCGUACGAGAUGGACGACGUGCUAGAUGAGUGGAACACUGAAAUCCUCAGAAAACAAGUGGAGGAGAAGCAAGAGGAGGAAGGUGAAAAUGCUCUUGUUACCGAGAAGAUGGUAUGUUUCCCCAUGCUCUCCGAUUGCUUUUGUUUUUGUUUUGGCCAAGUCAAUAAGGUCAUUCAUCAUCAUAACAUUGCUAGAAGGAUAAAAGAAUUGAAUGAGAAGUUAACUUUGAUUGCUGAUGAAAAAGCAAUGUUUGGCUUUCAUCAAUCCACAAUAGGUGGCCAAGAUGAUCAACAGCUUAUUCAACGACAGAAAACUUCAUCUUUGGUCGAUAUAUUCAAGAUAUGUGGCCGAGAUGAAGAAAAAGAGAUGUUGUUGAGCAAGUUAUUGAGAGAAAGUAACCAAGAAGGCGAGCGGUUCCUUGUCAUCCCUAUUGUAGGGAUGGGUGGGAUGGGGAAAACAACUCUUGCCCAAUUAGCCUAUAACGAUGAAAAGGUUAUAGCCUAUUUUGAUAAAAAAGUAUGGGUUUGUGUCUCGGACCCUUUUGACGAGAUUAAAAUUGCCAAAGCGAUUUUUGAAAGCGUGCGAGAUAAAGGUGAAAAUCAGAGUUCAAAUGAGUUGGAAACUCUACUGAUAUGGAUAAGGACACGUGUUGAGAAUAAGAAGUUACUCAUUGUUCUAGAUGAUGUGUGGACCGAAGACAAAACAAAGUGGGAAAAUUUGAAACUAGAAGUGAUAAUGAAAAGUUGUGCUCAGGGCAGUACAAUAUUGGUGACCACACGAAAAGAAGGGGUUGCUAAAAUGAUGAGAACAACCAGCAGCAUGAUCCAUUUGGACAAGUUGAGCGAUGGGGAUUGUCUAGCAUUGUUCAAUAGUUUUGCAUUUUUGGAUAGGGAAGAAGAUGAGGCUAAUGGGUUUGGAGUUAUUGGUGUGGAAAUUGUGAAAAAGUGUAAAGGUUUGCCUCUUGCUGCAAAGACUUUAGGCAGUCUAGUGUGGUAUAAGAAAACAAGAGAAGAAUGGCGGGAUGUUCUGAAUAGUAAGAUAUGGGAAUUAGAAGAAGUUGAGGAACAAGUUUUCCAACCAUUGUUACUAAGUUAUUUCGAUUUGGCCCCUGUAGUCAAAAUGUGUCUUUUGUAUUGUGCAAUAUUUCCCAAAGAUUAUGAUUUCAAAAAAGAUAAUUUGAUUGAUCUUUGGAUGUCACAAAAUUAUCUUAAUUUAAAGGGAAAAAAAGAAAAGAGAAGAAUAGGUCAGAAUUAUUUUGAGAGUCUAUCAAUGCGGUCUUUCUUUCAAGAUUUUGACAAAGAUGAGUUGGGAAAUAUUAGAGGGUGCAAAAUGCAUGAUAUAGUGCAUGACUUUGUGCAGUUUCUUACCCAAAAAGAAUGCACUAUUAUAGAAGCAGUCAAGGGUGCUAAUCAAAGAGUGGAGCUACCGGGUGAUUAUAAGGUUCGUCAUUUGACCUUAAUAAAUGUACGUGAAGGUCAACUUCCUACUUCAUUUGACAAGUGCAAAAAUAUGCGAACCCUCACACUCCUUGAUUCAAGCAUUACAACCAUAAGCCCCGGUUCAAUUAUGCAAAUGAAAUGCCUUAGGACAUUGAAUUUGAGUGGUAACAUGAGAUUCGGUGGCAUGCUCAAUGAAGUUCCAAAAGAGAUUGGUGAAUUGAUUCAUUUGAGAUAUAUGGAUUUGUCUCAUAAUUAUAAUUUGAAAGAAUUACCGGAUGCUGUGUGUGAUUUAUACAAUCUACAAACUCUGGUCGUUUCGUGGUGUGUUAACCUAGAGAAACUACCCAAGGCAAUGGGAAAGUUGAUUAACUUGAAGCAUCUAUAUGUUUGGGCUUGUGAAGAGCUGAGGUACUUACCGAAAGGGAUUGGGAGUUUGAAAAGUCUGCAAGUACUAGACAGGUUUUAUGUAUGUGAGGGUGAUGAUGAUGAAGCAUUGAAAUUAGGAGAUCUCGGAAUCAUGGACCAGCUUCAGGGGAGCCUUGAGAUACGAUGGUUGGGGAAAGAUGAUGGGAGUGAGAUUGAGAAAGCACAGUUGGGGAAUAAGGAGCACCUCUCUUAUUUGCGAGUAAUUUUCGCUUUCCCGAAUGUAGCUGCAGAGCAGAGAAAAGGCGAUGAAGAAAUAGUGAAAGCAUUGCAACCACAUCAAAAUUUGGAAUCUUUACACAUUUUGUGGUGCCACGGCACCACCGAGUCUCUCUAUUGGAUCAAUUCUUUACGCAAUUUGAGAAAACUUAAUCUCGAUGGGUGGAGAUUUUGUGAAUUUUUGCCUCCUCUUGGAAAAUUGCCAUCGCUUGAAAUUCUGGAGAUAUUGGAGAUGAAGAAAGUGAAAAAGGUGGGAGUUGAAUUUCUGGGAAUAGAAGAAGAAGAACAAGUCUCGGGAAUUCUCUUCCCCAAAUUGAAACGACUUGAUUUUGGAUCGAUGAAGAACUGGGAAGAGUGGACCUUUCUUUCUGAAAUCACAAUAAUGCCACGCCUUUCUGAGUUGCGAAUUCGGUGGUGCCGAAAGCUAAAAGCACUGCCAGAGUUCCUCUACAAGAUAACGGAACUGCGUACUCUGGAGAUCAUUGGUUGUCCAAUUCUGGAAGGAGAAUACGAAAAAGGCUUGGGGAAGGAGUGGCACAACAUUUCUCACAUCCCAAACCUCACAAUCCAAUCUGGAUGGAACUGAACAGGUUCUUCAUGAAGAACUUGCAAAUGCAAAUGGAAUGCGUGCAAGGUGUGCAAGUCAAUCAGGAUAGGCAUGCUAACUAGAUACACUUGAGGACCGCAUUGAAGCUUCUAGGAGUAAGAAUGUCAUUGGAGUUGUCAAGCGCGCUGUUGAAGCUCUCUAGAUAGCAAAGGUCGUGACCUUGUGAAGUUGGAGUUCAUCCAAUCUGACGUGCUUAUGCAACAUGUUGGGAUAUGGACUAUUCUUCAGUCGCUUAAAUGUUUCAUAGGUGGAGAAAUGAAUUUAUUUAGAUGAACACAUUCUAUGCAGGAUGGAAUAUGUAUCAGGCGGAAGUUCACCACAAAGGAAAUUCCGUAUGCAUUUGACUGAUUGAAGUGACCCUUAACUCAAUAUUUUAUCAGUAUCUUAAGCAAUCCAAUUGUUUUCAAAGGCGUCGCCGAGGCGAGCUCGGGGCGCGCUCCGGUGUGAGGCUACCAGAAAAAGCCUCGCUGGAUCAAACUCAGACGUGCUGCUGGAAAAGCGGUCGCCCAGGCGAUGGAGCGUCGCUUUUUUGCAGAAGCGACGCCUCAGGCGGCAGUGCGAGGAAGAAGAAGAUGCGAGGAUUGAGAAGCAAACUUUUUCUCUCUUCUUCUUCGUUGUCGGCGACCUCCGAUAAGUCGCAGGUCACUCUGGUCUCUCUGGCUUCUAGCGAAGGAAGGCGAGAAGAGUUCCACACCGAAACGAUGACGGAUGAGGCGUCGGGGAAUCUGGAGUACGAUUUCUAUUGGAACCCAAAAAAGUGAAGGCAGAGACCAUUGUGAGGUCGAAGAUGGCUUGGAUUUACGGCCAACAGAGGAAUGUCUCGACUCAGUUGCUGCGUCUCUUUUUCCAUGACUUCAUUGAGGAGGAAGCUUUUUGUGAAAUGGACCGUAAUGCCAAUUGGGAUUUGGUAAAUGAGAGUUGAAAGAUUUUGUAAUAAUAAACAUGGAGCCCGAUAAAUGGUGUAAACUCAGACUUGAAAGAUUUAUUGGAUGAUUCGCUGCCCAAAUACAAAUCUCCAUGGAACUGAACAGGUAUUCAUAUUGUUGGAUUUCAACUACUUUGCCAGUCUACAGUUUGGUGUUUGAAUCUUGGGAAGAAAUUUGAAGUUGCUGAAUCAGUUCAAGGUAGUGGUGGUUCAGAAGUUAGAGCUGCGUGAUUCUGUUGGAGAGAAAUUCCUUGUAAUUGUUAUCUCAUGUAUCUGAUAUUUUUCUGCUUAUUUUAGAUUUUUAUGACCGUGUCCUUAUAAAAAUUUUCUUCCUUGUAUCCUUUUAAAAUUUACCUUCCUUGUAUCAUAUAUUCAUCCGGACAUGAAGUUGAGUGAGUAACAUUACACAUUUUCAUUCGAAAAAGAAGAAAAAUAGUUACGAUGC